AUGCCAAGACCAAGAACCGAAACAGCCCAACGGCAGUCCCCUCGAGGACUUCCCAAUGCUCGCAUGUCGAGCUCCGAUUCCGAUCAGCCGAACCCUCGACCACGGACGGAAAAGAACCAGAAACCGAUCGACGGUCGAUCGGCUAGGCCCUCUCAAUCCGAACCGUCGAAUCAGAAGAAACUCGGGACCCGCAUUGCGAAUCUUGAGUCCCAGCUAGGCUUGGCUCAAGAGGAGCUCAAGAGCCUGAAAGACCAGUUAGUUUCGAAGAAGCCCGUCAAGAAAGCUGAACAAGACCAAUUUGAGGAUAAACCGAAACAAACCGAGGCCGAGACAGUAAAACCUGCAAAAGACGAACUUGAUAACAACCCGGAACAAAUCGAGUCUGAGGCACUGAAAAAAGGAGACAGCUUGAGUACUAUUACUCAAGAAACGUUGAUCGAUAAUGUCGUUCAUCAGGAAGAAACAGAUGUUUUCGAAGUUCCAGUCGAGAAAUUAGCCAUCGAGCCCGAAUUACCAGCUGGCAAAGAUGAACUCAACUCUAAGUCCAUCAUCGAGUCCAAAAAUCCGUUGCUCGAUGAGCUGACAUCGAAAUUAGACGCGAAGGACAAGGAGUUGGAAACUUUCCGUGUAGAGAACGAGAGCUUAAAGAGCCAGCUCGAUAACAAGUCGCUAGAAAUGUCAACCGCUCGAGCUGAAAUCGAAGGGUUGACUCUGAGGUUGACUAAUAUUGAGCAAGAGCUUGAAAGGAGUAAAAAAGGAAGUGUUCGGGUAAGUGAAAAGUUAGAAUCGGUUGAAAAGGCGAAGGAGGAGUUGGAAAAUGAGAUGGGAAGGCUGAGGAUACUUUCCGAGCAGUGGAGGAAAGCGGCAGAUGAAGCGGCGGCAGUUCUGGCCGGCGGACGGUUGCCGGAGAGGUGUGGGUCGAUGGAUAAGGCCUGCAUGGGCCCAUUGGGCCAAGUUGGUGGUUAUGGUGGUUACAUCAUGGGGUCACCUGGAUUGGUUGACGAUGAAGAUGGAGAUGAUGGUUUUUCGGGUGGUGUGAGGAGGAAAGGGCCCGGGAUUAGAAUUCCAUGGAAAAAGAAGGGCCCGAAAUGA